AUGUCAGCGAUAUACGUGACCUUCGUUGGCUACGGCUACUACAGCACCCCGAGCCCGCGCGCGGGCGAGCACUUCCGGGUCCUUCUUACGCCGGCCCUCCUCGGCGCCCUCCAGGUGUACCACAUACGGGUGCGGGAGCGCCUCACAAAACUGUCCAAGGUGGCCUUUGACGCUGGCCUCAUGGACCGUGCGUUGAUCGAGACGCUGCACGAGGGACACAUGAUAGCAGACUCGCUCUUGUGCGGGAUACUCGAGGAGAUCGCGGAGGACGAACGGUCCCAGAGGAUGCUGAGCUGCAGAGGCCUCUCCGAGAUCGAUGCCGUGGCGUAUAUUAGGGAUGCUAUCCUCCCCGUCUUCAGGCCCGCGCUGCUCUCGUGGAACUCGUAUCGCAGGUUCGCCGCAGCCAGGACGAUAGAACUGUACUUCCCUGGCCUUCAGGGCGAAUACCAAUCACGCCCCUACGUGUCCGCGCUCUCGGCGCUUCUCCUGGACGAUCUAGUGCGAGACUGGCUCUCCGAGGACCUUUCGCUCGAGGAGUUCCAGCUGCCUGCGGGAGCACACAGCUGGCGGAAGCUCGUGACGCACGAUCUCGGCAUCUGUUGUCGGUUGGCACUGCGCGGCACGGAUUUUAUGAGGGUGGGCUUUCUGUGGAGUUUGAGCUCGAAGGGGAGGCUGCAUCGGAGGGUGGUUGGAAGGUUGCAGUUGGGACAUAUACCCAGUGAGAGGUGGGACAAUGAUACGAGUGAGGAAGAGGGGGACGAUGGGGGGAAAUAG